UUUACAGUGAUUUUUUUUUAGCCGGAAAAAUUGUUGACUCAACAGUGGGUAAAACUGCGUUGUAAAUUCGUCAUGGAUUCAAGAUUCGUGAUAUUGUUGUUAACAAUUGUAGCGAUUCUUCCAGAAGUGAAGAACAUAAAAAAUUCCAUAAGGCCUGCUACAGCGACAGAGGCUCUUGCUAUUGCAAUUAUUCAAGUAUACAAAAAGCUGUACACCCUUGGGGCUCUGAUCAGUCCCGAAAAAAUUGUAGGAGUUAAGUAUUCUGAUACGAUCUCUGUCGAAGACAUCACCAUCCGAUUGGGUUGCACAUCAUUUCUGAAUUGCAGCGAGCCAAAACUCCACAUUAAUUAUUUUCAGGGCGAUGAUUUCUUUGGGAUUUAUAUAUAUCAUCUUGCGGUUCCUAUCAGAAGUACUGACAGGAUUAAACCAAUUGCGCUAGCUCCUUAUGAAGAUUUUAAUGUUCAACAAUGUACACUCGUAACAUGGCAUGCUGAAGAUGGUUUCUCCGACUGGCCAAUGGCCGCGACAAAAGUGCUGCUACUCGAUCGAAGCGUUUGUAAAAAAUGGAAUUGGAAUAUUCCUGCGCAACAGAUAUGUUUUCAAAAUCCACACUUGCUUGCAAUCUUAGGCCGUGAAGACGUUGGCGCGUCAAUAAUUUGCGACGGAUAUCUGCGUGGAAUUAUGGCCCAUAGUUCUACUGACAACGAUUUGACAGAGAUAAUCGAUUUAUAUUUCUUCGAAACAAACACAAAAUCUUUUUAAGACGAUAGAACAUUAUGAUAUAUUACGUGCAGGACGUGGGGUUAAUGCGACUUAAAAAUCCAAAAAUCGUAAAAUAACAAAUAAAAUAGAUCAAGAGUCGCAAACAUCUCCAUGAUUGCGAGCGCUAAAUAUUGAAUUGAAUAAAUUUGAUUAGAAUAUCAAUUUGAAAUUAUGAAAUUCAUGGAUCCACAAAACCUUCAAACAAAAUUAUACUUUAUUCAGUUAAAAAUUAUUACCGUCAACUUCGAAUAUAUAUUUAAUCCAAGACGAUCGAAAAAAAAAUGUCCAUCCCAAUUAAUUAGGUAAAUUAAGCCGGAUUCUUCUAUCAGUGUCGGUAAAUUUCCACUUUGAUGUAUUCCUGUGUAGAGAGAAUAAAAAUAACGA